CAGAAGCUCCUCUUUUUCUUUAAAGGCUGUGACAAAAGUCCGAAGGGGCCAGUUCCCCUUUCCUCUUCCUUGCGGAGUGCGGAGCAUCUUGUCUGAAUUUGAAUAAAAACCUUUCCGGGGAGGAAGGCGUGUGUUUCAAGAAAAGAGGUUCAGGGAGAGAAAAGUGUUUGAAGAGUUUGAAGGGGGAGUCCUGAGGCUUGGCAGUCGGGAAGUUUCCAAAGCCGAAGCAGCCGCCGCCGCCGCCUUGGACAGGACCAGCAAGGACAGUGGAGAUUAGAAAAGCACUUGGGAGGCACAUUCAUCUUGCCGGCGUUGUCAGGAGUGAUCAGCGAGUUUUAUUAAACACCCUGGGAUUGCCUGAAAAGCCUCCUUGUCUGGGUUUGAAAUGAAAGGGGCAUGUUAGGAUCUUGGGGCACAUUGUCGGGACCCCUUGCCCUGCUGCCCCUUGGACUAUGAGCUAACAUCUCUGGAGGAAGCACAGAAGCCCUGUUUUGUUGAAGGGAUUUCGCCGGUGGACAAACGGAGUUGGCCCCUGACGGCAUGAGCGCUCCGACCUGGGGUGGGCCCGGGGCUUUGCCCCUGCUGUUGCUCCUAGGCUGGGCCGGUGCGACCUUCAUCAGCCUUAAUCGUGGGCUCAGGCUGCUGAAGGGCAGCUCUGCCUUCCUGUCGGGAGAUGACCUGAAGUUUGCCAUCCCCAAAGAAAAAGAUGCUUGCAAAGUGGAAGUUGUGAUGAACGAGCCAAUGACUCAAAGGGUUGGGAAACUCACCCCACAGGUCUUUGACUGCCAUUUCCUUCCCAAUGAAGUAAAGUAUAUUCACAAUGGUUGCCCGAUUCUUGAUGAAGAUGCAGUGAAGCUUAGACUGUACAGAUUUACUGAGACAGAUACCUUCACGGAAACCUUUAUCCUGCGGGUCUAUCUCCUGGAACCCGACUGUAACAUCAUCCGUAGGAGUAACAAUGUCCUGGAGGUGUCUGAAUUCUAUGGCUUGUCCAGAGCCAUUGAUAAGAACCUGCUCAGAUUUGAUUACGAGAGGACAGCCGGCCUGGAGUGUACGGUCAGGCUGGAUCCUGUGGGAAGCCGGCUGCCAGCCCAUGGUCAGAUGGUCCUGCUGGAGCCUCGGCCAGAAAAACCUCGUGGAGAUCAGCCACACAGUUUUUUCCCUGAGUCUCAACUGGGAACAGAGCUGAGGUGUCCAGGUGGAAGCUGUGCCCUGGGACUGAAGAAAAUGGGAAGUGUCAACGUGAGCUGUGAGGAGUUCUUGCUGAUGGGUCUUCGUUAUCAACACACGGAUCCCCCUUCUCCCAACAUUGACUACAUCUCUAUCCAGCUGGACCUCACAGAUGGCAGGAGCAAAAUUGUAUACAAGUCAGAGAGUGCGUGGUUGCCCGUCUAUAUCAGAGCUGGCUUUCCUAAUCAGAUUCCAAGGGCCGCGUUCAUGGCCAUGUUUAUUCUGGAAGUGGAUCAGUUUAUCCUGACCUCCUUGACUACAGCCGUCCUGGACUGUGAAGAGGAUGAGACCCCUAAGCCCUUGCUGGUGUUCAACGUUACGAAAGCCCCACCCCAGGGCUACGUGACUCAUCUGUGGGAUCACACCAGACCCGUCUCCUCGUUCACCUGGAAAGAUCUGAGUGACAUGCAGAUAGCCUACCAGCCACCGAACAGCAGCUAUUCUGCACGGAGACAUUACGAGGUGGAGGUGGAGGUUUAUGAUUUCUUCUUCGAAAGGAGUGCACCUAUCACUGUCCACAUCUCCAUCAGAACAGCGGAUACAAAUGCCCCCCGAGUGUCCUGGAACACAGGUCUGAGUCUUCUAGAGGGGCAGUCUCGGGCCAUCACUUGGGAACAGUUUCAGAUUGUCGACAAUGAUGACAUCCAUGCUGUCCAGCUGGUCACCGUGGGCGGCCUGCAGCAUGGACGGCUUACACUAAGAGGCGGGAAAGGAUUUCUCUUCACUGUGGCUGACCUUCAGGCUGGAGUUGUUCGCUAUCAUCAUGACGACAGUGACUCCACCAAAGACUUCGUGAUCUUCAGGAUAUUUGAUGGCCAUCACAGCAUCCGCCAUAAGUUUCCCAUCAACAUCUUGCCCAAAGAUGACAGUCCCCCAUUCCUCAUAAGCAACGUUGUGAUUGAACUGGAGGAGGGGCAGACCAUACUGAUCCAGGGUUCCAUGCUGAGAGCAUCAGACAUGGACUCCAGUGAUGACUACAUCUUCUUUAAUAUCACAAAACCUCCUCAGGCUGGAGAGAUCAUGAAGAAGCCAGGGCCAGGGCUGAUAGGCUAUCCUGUCCCUGGCUUCCUUCAGAGGGAUCUAUUUAAUGGCAUCAUUUACUAUCGUCACUUUGGUGGAGAGAUCUUUGAAGACUUUUUUGAAUUUGUCCUGUGGGACAGCCAUGAACCUCCAAAUCUCUCAGUGCCACAGGUGGUGACCAUCCAUAUCACUCCAGUGGAUGACCAGCUUCCAAAAGAGGCCCCUGGAGUUUCUCGGCAUUUGGUUGUCAAGGAAACUGAGGUGGCCUACAUAACUAAGAAACAUCUACAUUAUAUAGAUACAGAAUAUGACAGGGAGCUUCUCUACACGAUAACGACACCUCCAUUUUUCUCUUUCGGCCACAGACAUCUGGAUGCUGGGAAAUUGUUUAUGGUCGAUAGCAUUCCAAAGCUGACCAAAAAUCCUGCAGCCCCGGGGCUGAGAUCAUUCACUCAGCAUGCUGUGAACCACAUGAAAGUGGCCUACAUGCCACCCAUGAGAGAUAUAGGCCUCCAUCCGGGACAUGUCCAGUUUGCCUUUUCCAUCAGUAACCAACAUGGUGGCACUUUGCACGGGAUCUGCUUUAACAUUACAAUUCUUCCAGUGGACAAUCAAGUUCCUGAGGUGUUUACCAAUGCCCUGAGAGUGACUGAGGGAGGUCAGUGUGUCAUCAGCACAGAGAACAUUCUGGUUUCUGAUGUGGAUACCGAACUGGACAACAUCUGCCUCUCCCUACAAAGAUUGCCUCAGUGUGGAAGGGUGGAGCUGGAUGGAUUUCCUCUAAACACAGGAGGCACAUUUUCUUGGGGAGACCUCUGUGCCUUAAAAGUUAGGUUAGAACAUUUCCUGGAUUUAUUUUUUGAUAUGCUUUGGCCUUCAUCUGGAUCAGUUGUGAGGCAGAGUAAGAGAAAGAAAUUGUGUGGUGAGAUUGGCCUGGUGCCUUGUUUUGAUACCAUUACAUUGGUGGUUUCGGAUGGAGAAGCUGGCCCUUCUGUGAAUGGCUGUUGCUACAACGGGCCUCAUCCAUCUGUUCCUCUUCAUGAGUCCUUUCCAGUGUAUGACCUCAAUAUCACGGUACAUCCAGUGGACAACCAAUCACCUUCAAUUGCAAUAGGUACCAUGUUCGUGGUAGAUGAGGGUUUCUCUGCAGCCGUUACCAUUAACCAUUUGUCCGCCACUGAUCCUGACACUGCAGCAGACGACUUGGAAUUUGUUUUGGCUUCCCCUCCCCAGUUUGGCUACCUUGAAAACACGCUUCCUUCUGCAGGUUUUGAAAAAAGCAAUAUGGGCAUAAGCAUAGGUUCGUUCCAGUGGAAAGACAUGAAAGCAUUGCAUAUUAACUAUGUGCAGGCCAGGCAUCUGAGGAUGGAACCAACAGCUGACCAGUUCAUGGUGUAUGUCACAGAUGGGAAGCGACGCUCCUUGGAGAUACCAUUUUACAUUAUCAUCAACCCCACAAAUGAUGAAGCUCCUGACUUUGUAGUGCAGAAUAUUACUGUGUGUGAGGGUCAGAUGAAAGAACUGGAUUCCUCCAUCAUCAACGCUGCUGAUCUAGAUGUUCCCAAGGACCCUUUGCUGUUCAGCAUCACUCAUAAACCACGCCAUGGCCUCCUCAUCAAUGGGGUGCUUAGCAAAGACUUUCCUCAAAAUAAGCAGCCUGUCAACCCUGGCCAGAAGCAUGAACUUGUUCAGAACUUUUCCUUGGAACUUCUCAAGAAUGGACUGAAGUUGAUGUAUGUGCAUGAUGACUCAGAGAGCCUUGGUGAUGACUUUACAGUCCAGUUGUCAGAUGGGAAACAUAAGAUAUUAAGAACAAUUUCAGUGGAGAUCACCCCAGUUAAUGAUGAGAAACCAAUGCUGAGCAAGAAGGCUGAAAUAACAGUGAAAAUGGGUGAAACUCGUAUUAUUUCUAGUGCCAUUCUUUCAGCCAUAGAUGAAGACUCACCCAGGGAGAGGAUUUACUAUUUGUUUGAAAGUCUUCCCCAAAAUGGGCAGCUUCAACUCAAGAUAGGGAGGAACUGGAUCCCUCUCUACCCUGGCAUGAAAUGCACUCAGGAGGAAGUGGAUCUGAACUUGCUCAGAUACACACAUACCGGGGCGAUGGAUUCCCAGGACCAAGACAGCUUCACCUUCUACCUCUGGGAUGGUGACAACAGAUCACCAGCAUUUGACUGUCACAUCACCAUCAAGGAUAUGGGAAAAGGUGAUACUGUCAUCCUCGUGAAACCGCUGGUGGUGUCUAAAGGUGACCGAGGUUUCUUGACGACCAGCACUCUCCUUGCUGUGGAUGGAACAGACAAACCCGAGGAACUACUCUAUGUCAUCACCUCCCCUCCGCGCUAUGGCCAGGUUGAGUAUGUCCGCUAUCCUGGAGUCCCCAUUACAAGCUUCAGCCAAAUGGACAUAGCAGGACACACAGUCUGCUAUGUACAUAAGAGCAAGGCAGCUGUCUCCCGUGACACCUUCAGAUUCCUCGUCAGCAAUGGCCUGCAGACCAAACACGGGCUGUUUGAGAUCACACUGGAGACUGUGGACAGAGCCUUACCUGUGGUGACCAGGAACAGGGGGCUGAGACUGGCCGAAGGCGCCACAGGCCUGCUUUCCCCUGACCUCCUCCAGCUGACCGACCCUGACACCCCAGCGGAGAAGCUCACCUUUGUGUUGGCCCAGCUCCCACAGCACGGCCAGCUUUACCUGCGGGGGACAGAGCUGCUUCAACACAACUUCACUCAGCGGGAUGUGGACAGCAGGGAUGUGGCCUACAGGCACCUGGGAGGGGACUCCCGGGUUGACUGCUUUACCUUUGUGGCCACAGAUGGGACGAACCAAGGCUUUGUUGUGGCUGGGAGAGUGGGCCAAGAGCCUGUGUCGUUCACCAUCGAGGUUGACCAGUUGGACAAAACAGCCCCCUACAUCACACACUUGAAUUCCCCUUCUCAAGUGGGGCUCCUGAAAAAUGGCUGUUACGGGAUUUACCUCACUUCCCACGUGUUGAAGGCAUCAGACCCUGACACCGAUGAUGAUCUGAUCAUCUUUAAGAUUUUACGAGGCCCCCAACAUGGACAUCUGGAGAACACAACAGGUGAAUUUAUCCAUGAGAAAUUUAUCCAAAAGGACUUAAACAGUAAGACCAUUCUUUACAUCAUUAACCCAUCUUUGGAAGUGAAUUCAGAUAUCAUGGAAUUUCAAAUCAUGGACCCCACAGGGAACUCUGCGACUCCUCAAAUUUUGGAAUUGAAGUGGUCUCAUAUUGAAUGGUCACAGACUGAAUAUGAGGUCUGCGAGAAUGUGGGCAUGUUGCCCUUGGAAAUUACCAGAAGGGGAUAUUCCAUGGACUCAGCCUUCGUGAGUGUAAAGGUAACAGCUCUAAAAUAUAAACUGUCAGGCUAAAACUUGGGAAUGUCAACUAAGAUGUGGAAUAUAGCAAUUACCUAUGACGGAUUAGAGGAAGACGAUGAGGCCUUUGAAGUAAUUCUGAACUCCCCUGUGAAUGCGGUUCUUGGCACAAAGACAAAAGCUGCAGUGAAAAUUCUGGACUCAAAAGGAGGGCAGUGCCGUCCUUCAUAUUCCUUCAACCCCAACAAGCACAAUGCACGGAAGAAGGGCAUUUGGCACCUGCUGUCCCCAGGCUCUUCCUCACCCACCACUUCUGGUUCCUUUCAUCUGGAAAGAAGACCCCUUACAUCUAACAAGUGGCCGGCAGUCACUAGGGGAGACACCCGACAGGGCUUUGAGUCUCCAGAUCUUUCUCGUAUGAAGCUUAGGACCCGGGGGAGUGGCAAAACGGUUCUUCCAUCCUCUGUUUAUAGAAAUGGAACCGACAUCAUCUAUAAUUAUCAUGGAACGGUUUCCCUGACGCUGGAGGAGGACGGCUCUCCAUCUCACCAACGGAAGGCCAAAGUAUCCAUUAUUCGUCAGUUACCAAAGACAAGCAGAGAGGCAGAGCUGCCUCAGGCAGAUAAGGUAGAAUCCACAACUGACUCACACUUCCCCAGACAGGACCCGCUGCCCUCAUUUCCAAAGAACUGCACACUGGAAUUAAAGGGACUUUUCCAUUUCCAAGAAAGCCUCCGAAAGCUAUACAAGUGUGAUGGGGUUACGUGGAAAGCUUGGAGCCCCCAAAGCGAGGAGGUGGAAGGUAAAUCCUGCCCAGCUGGUUGGCACCAUCACUCAGGCUACUGCCACUCCUUGAUCACAGAGCAGAAAGCCUCCUGGAACACAGCUGCCCGAGCUUGCAAGGAACAUCACCUGGGCAGCCUCGUAACAGUUCUCUCUAGACGGCACAUGCAAUGGCUGUGGGACAUCAGUGGAGGGAAACCCUUCUGGAUAGGUUUGAAUGACCGAGUGCGUGCUGGCCGCUGGGAGUGGAUCGGCGGGGAACCUGUCACCUUCACCAACUGGAGGAAAGGGCCCCCUCAACGUUUAAAGCGUGGCAAGAACUGCGUUUUGGCUCAGAGACAAGGGAAAUGGCAAACACAGGACUGUGGGAAGGGCAAGGCUCACAAUUACGUGUGCUCCAGGAAACUCUAAACGUAACUGGCCUCCAGGUGCCCACCUGGGAUUUCUCACCUAUUUAUUCACAGGAUUUGUGCAUAUUGUUCAAUACAAACCAAGGGGUCAUGACUGA